AAAAGGUUGGAUAUCAACAUGGCCGAUAGUGUUAUGAAAUAAGUUAUUGAUGUCAAAUUCGUAGUCACUACAUUUAAUAAUGCCGAUAUUUUGUAUAUGGCACGUUCAUAUUCCCGUUUUAUCUUAGGAAUACGUUCAAAGCGACAGCAUGCGUUUGGUUGUGGUGCUUCUGGUACGUAUAUUGGCAGUGCGGGGUGGGGUUGGCGACGGUUACAGUGAUUACUCUGCACCAGGGCUGCCUCAUUAUAACAUGGAGUAUGGCAGCCGGGGGGCGGCACCCAUUGACGAGUAUCCUGACCGAUCGCCUGAUGCUUCCGUACUUCUAGACUACAAAUACGAAGAAGACUCACGCGAUGCGGUCAAAACGUAUCCAGGUAAACACGCUGAUGAUGAUGUAUGGCAAAAACCGAAAGGAAAAGGGCGAAGAUCAAAUAAAAUCAGUCAUGCUAAUGAAGAGGAAAUAGACGCUAGUGAAGACUUAGUUCCUAUAUAUAAAUCAAACCGUCGUUUCAUAAAACAUCGAACUCGUAUAAAAGAUGCUGAAACAGAAAAACCUAGUAGAAGACUCGUCCAUCACCCUAGAAGAAGUGAUGACAUUGAAGAUUUAGACGAUAGAGAUGAUUUUGAAUUAAGUAAAAGGCAUCCACAUGAAGGUAAUAUAGAUUCUGAUAGAUUUGCAAUCAGACAUACAACAAUGAGAGUCCCUAGAAGAAAGCCGCGAGACAGAACAAUAAAACAAGUGCCAGAACAACGUUUGCACGCUGACAGUGAUGAAGAUAUUUCAAAAAUUAAAAGAGUCGAUGAUGCUGACAACAUAGAAAACAUUAUCAAAAAUCAUCCCCUUAAAGAUUUAGUAAAGAAUAAAGUAAACUCCAAGGCCUACCCGGACUAUGAGGACUACGAGAAUAUGGAUAUAAAAAGAAUCAACAAAUUAAAGAACAGACUGCCGGAAUUGUUUCGCAGAACGAAAGCAAGUGAACCGGAGCCAGCUAGCACCCGGAGAUUGCAGGAAUUUUAUUACCGUCGCGUUUUCCCAUCUGAAGAGGCAGAAACGUCAACUGUAACAGCGAAACCAGUAACUGAUACGACAGAAACACCUACCUCUUCCGUGGUUCUAACCACGCAAAUAACAAAUACAACUCAGACGGUUCCAUCCAUUCAAAGCACAGAGAAGCUCAACUCAAACCUAUCACUUGCGGAGCAAUCUAGAUUGUCCAUACUAAAGAAAGCUCAAAGGAAGGAGAGUUCCAAAAACAAGACAACAACUAAACCACCCGUGCUAUUGCAAGUGACGAACAAGUUGCAAACGGUGGUGAUGGUCGAACGCAUCCAUCAGGAACCUGUACUUCGGGCACGCCAGAUUUUCGAGGAUUCACCAGAGAGAAUACAAAGGGCCAAAGAAUUGAUGCGGCGCAAACUUUUAGCUGGUGCCCGCAACAUCCACGAACUGACAGACAAUUGGGAUGAAAUGAUCUGUGAUUACAUAGACGUGUCUCUACUUGAUAGUAAAACAAACGAUUUCUGUUACUCUUCCUGUUUAAUACUGUUAAGUGUGAUAUUUAACUGUGUAAUAACAUUAACUUAUUAAUAAAACCAAUGCGUAAUUUCCCG